AUGAGCAACGAGGAUGCGGAUGGAAACCCGAUCGAAAUUUUAAAAAUAAAGCAUGUUUUCGAUAAUGCCCCCGAUCGCUGUAAACGUACAGAGAUUGACUCCAGAACGGCCGCUCAGAUAUCCAUCCUCGGCCUGUGUACUACAUUCUGCGGGGUUCUCAACCUCUUGUUCGCAAGGUGGCAGAUUAGAAGAUGGGAGCCAAGGAGAACACUAGUCUUGCAAACAGCUUUUCCCGCCCUGAGAGCCGCUGUCCAGGUUGUGGGAGUAACAGUUGGUGCGAGAGAAGGCAUCGCCAUCGUUCAAUCGAGUCAAAUAAUCAGUCUCAUUGGUGGCAUGUCUAGAUAUCUACUUGUGCCGAACAUUGCAACUGGUGAGGUCGUCGAGCCCUUAGAACGUACUGUAAUGUUCCGAAUGCUACACGGCAGUGUCCUGCUUGGAACGGCUGCCGGGUAUCUCCUGGGGGGGAUAACUAGAGAUGCCUACGGAAUUCGCCGGCCCUUCGAGAUUGCAACCCCUGUAUUCUCCCUCUCAAGCCUAUACUCGAUGUUUUUCAUCCCAUAUAUUGACUCCAAGAGCCUUCAUGAUGAUGCAAAGGAAACGAAGCAACCUCGAUGGAGCAAGUCCUUCGGCGGUCCCAGAGUACUCUCCCCACAGAGGCUACGCCUAAGUAACGGCAGAGCCAUCGCCCAUUACGGGAUUAAAUUCCUUGCUCUGGGUGUUUCUAUGAGCGUAUUAGCUAUUGGCUACGCGCCAAUGCUUAUUCAAAUAUAUGACACUGCCACCUUCAAUUUCCUCCCAACCGAAAACGGAUAUUUGAUGGCUACCAACUCUCUCAUCCGGGACUUUUUCCUGUCGAUCGUUUUCCCGAAGACUACCAAUGCAGGCAGGGCCUAG